AACACACACUCAUAUGAUACAAUACUGAUUUCUUUUACUGUAACUAAUCGAACCUAGUGUUCUAUGGCCAAUCGGCUAAUGUCCAUGUGAGCUGAUCAUGAGUAUUUGAGUGAGAUCAAAGGGAGACUUCGCAUAACAGAUAUAUUUUUUGAUUUGUAUAUUCAAUCUGUGCCAUUAGAUACUGAUCAUCAUUCUCUCUCACAUCAUAUCAAUGGCGUUGUCAAUAAUGUCUUCUUACGCAUCUUUUCGUCCCUUUAAACCCUCCUCAUCACUUUCGAGUUCUCAAAACAUAAUUAGAAAUUUUGACGAGAACUCCAAAUAUCAUAUCAGGAGUAACGGUGAUCUCACACCACAAAAGGAUUUAGAUAAAUACAGGGACGUUUUAAGAAAAGCAGACCCAUUUGAUGAAGGUCUAAAGAUGAUUGAUGCUAUUCAACGGCUAGGAAUUGACUAUAUCUUCGAGGAAGAGAUUGAUAAAAUUAUACAAAGCCAGUCUGCUUAUAAGUUUUUUAGAGAAUUCGAACAUGAUCAAUAUAUCACAAUAAAUCAAUAUUUGUUUAAACUCAUAUAUACUAUAUGACAUUGAACUUCAGGU